CUUUGGCUGGCUUUCAUCUUCUGCUCAGCACCCCCGCCCCUCGCUGUCACCCCUCAUCACACGCCAUCUGGACUCUAGUUGACAGAAGCAGAGGCCAGGCAGCCAGAGCUCCCUGGCCCCAGUCCUCACGGCUAAACAGUAAAGCCAUCCUAUCCCACCACUAAGGAGCUGCCCUGGUUGGACAACACUUGCCAGGAGGAGUUUUCACUGAAAGGUCCUGGCUAUGCCUCCUCAGGGCCUGUCUUCAGCUAGGAUGACUCCCCUGAGGGUGCUGUUUGCACUGCUGUUAGCUUCCUGCUUCACCUUCUGCCUCAGUUGUCAGAACCAAAAUAAGUUUGCACUGACCAACCCAGAGAAGAGCAGCCCCAAAGAAUCAGAGAGAAAGGAGAGCAGAGCAGAAGCGGGGCUGGACAGUGAUGCCGUAGAGGUGCUUCACCCAACGGAAGAGUGGCAGGUUCUUCAGCCAGGUCAGGCUGUUCCUGCAGGAUCCCAUGUGCGGCUGAAUCUUCAGACUGGAGUGAGAGAGGUGAAACUUCAACAUGAAGACAAAUUACAAAAUAAUUUGAAAGGAUUGAAAAAAGGCAAAAGGCUGGACAUCAACACCAACACCUACACAUCUCAGGACCUUAAAAGUGCACUGGCCAAAUUCAAGGAGGGAGCAGAGAUGAAGAGUUCAAAGGAAGAUAAGGCAAGGCAAGCCAAGGUAAAGCAGCUCUUCCGCCCCAUUGAGGAGCUGAAGAAGGAGUUUGAUGAGCUGAAUGUUGUUAUUGAGACUGACAUACAGAUUAUGGUUCGGCUGAUAAACAAGUUCAACAGUUCCAGCUCCAGCUUGGAAGAGAAGAUUGCUGCACUCUUUGAUCUUGAGUACUAUGUCCAUCAGAUGGAUAAUGCCCAGGACCUGCUGUCCUUCGGUGGCCUCCAAGUGGUGAUUAAUGGGCUGAAUAGCACAGAGCCCCUGGUGAAGGAGUAUGCUGCGUUUGUGCUGGGAGCUGCCUUUUCCAGCAACCCAAAGGUCCAGGUGGAGGCCAUUGAAGGGGGAGCCCUGCAGAAGCUGCUUGUUAUCCUGGCCACAGAGCAGCCUCUCACUGCCAAGAAGAAGGUCUUGUUUGCACUGUGCUCCCUGCUGCGCCACUUCCCCUAUGCCCAGCAGCAGUUCCUGAAGCUGGGGGGCCUGCAGGUCCUUAGAAGCCUGGUGCAAGAGAAAAGCACCGAAGUACUGGCUGUGCGUGUGGUCACCCUGCUGUAUGACCUGGUCACUGAGAAGAUGUUUGCUGAGGAGGAGGCGGAGCUGACCCAGGAUUCAUCCCCAGAGAAGCUCCAGCAGUACCGCCAGGUGCACCUCCUGCCAGGCCUGCGGGAACAGGGCUGGUGUGAGAUCACUGCCAACCUGCUGGCACUGCCUGAGCAUGAUGCCCGUGAGAAGGUGCUACAGACACUGGGCGCUUUACUGGCCACCUGCCGGGACCGCUACCGUCAAGACCCCCAGCUCAGCCGGACACUGGGAAGCCUACAGGCCGAGUACCAAGUGCUGGCUGCCCUGGAACUCCAAGAAGGCGACGAUGAGGGCUACUUCCGGGAGCUGCUGGCCUCCGUCAGUGGCUUACUGAAGGAGCUGAGAUGAGUCCUGACACUGGCAGCAGGAUGGUCUGGGAGGCUGCCAGUGAGGCCAGGGGCCAGGAGUGUAGGUGGGCUUUUCAGGGGACAUCAGGCAGGAGGGAGGCCCUCUCUGCUGGGACUUGAGUUUCAUCUGAGCCCAUCUGACGUGGCCAUUAAAGGGUGGUAUGAA